GCACUUCCUUCAUUUUCCUUUCUAGUUUUAUAUUUCAAGUUCUUUUUUUUUUAACCUUGCCAUCAAUACAACCAUGGCAAGGAUUUCUCUGUUGUUCUCUUUAGCCUUAGUUCUAGCCAUCGGGUCCGUCUUGGCUCACCCACCUACCCACAAGAAAUUACAAAAGACCUUGUGUCCAUCUACUUUGUCCAAAGUUCAAGCUUUCCCUUACCUUGAAGUCUCUAGCUUCGUCGAGAAGAAGGUUCAGUUCGCACCAAAAACCAUUGCGUUCAAGUCUUUGUUCUCCAUCUGCAAGAGCUACAUCGACUUUCUUGGGGGCGUUAAGUUUUCUGCCUCCAGAGAUGUGUUUCACGUCGUUCAUGUCAAAUUCACUUUGAUGACCAAGGCGAUGGUUAUUGCACAAGCACACAUUGGAGUUGAAGGAGACCUCGCUGUUAAGUUGGGCAAAAGCUACACCGUGAUGGCUGAAAGGUUUGUCAACCUUUUGGAGAUGAUGUCUACGGUCUCGGCCAAGUAUAAGUUCGAUGCUAAUGCUAAGAUAAGCGCUAGUGAGAGUGCUGAGAUUGAAAAAUGUGUGAUGAAGUUGAAGAGUGCCAUUAGGUCUUACGUGAAGGUGAUCUCUCAGUGCAGCACGAAAUUCUCUGCUGGAAAGAGUAUUGGUUUCCCCACUUACCCCGUUGGUUUCAUUGGAGGUAUAGCUAAACAAGGUCUCGGAUAUGCGGGUAAAUUUGUUGGAGCUCAUGGCCAAGUUGGAGCCGGAUUCGAAAUCGGAGCUAAAGCUAAGGUUGGAGUUCAGAGUGAAAAAUUCUUGGAGUACGGACCAAUAACUAAACCCAAAGGUAAGGUUGGAGUUCAAGGUGAAGUUAAAGUCGGAGGUCAGGUCCAUGCCGCGGGUAAGGCUAAGGUUAGAGCUCAAGUUGAAGCUAAAGUCGGAGGUGAAACCGGCAGUGGAUAUUAUGAUGGAAUCAUGAAGUACUUUGGAAAAGGUCACUUCGAUGCCGCGGGUAAGGCGCAUGUCAGUGGAGGAAGCGGAUUCAGGCCAUUGAGCAACCCUCACAAGAAGCACUUAGAUUGAACAAAGGGCACAAGUUUAUACAACAGAUGAAGGAGCCAUGAGUUCAUCUCUUAUUUUUAUUUUUACUAUUAUAUGAAGGAGGGAAACGCCAUGCGAUAUUAAUCUCUAUUUGUAACCAUUUUAAAAACAAACUAUAUUUGUAACUCAUCAUUAAUAUAAUAUCGCAUGUUUUCUUAAUUACACUCUCAUUAGUAUUUUCAUUAAGAACUAAAUCGCUUUAACAUCCCUUUAUUAUUAAAAGGGAAGUACAAAUUAAAAUUUUAUCUAAUUUGG